GCACGUGAUGAACGCUUGUAGGUUAUUGCCCCGCGGAGUCACCCUUUGAGACCCAGGUGACAUCGCUACGCUCCACCCCGCUGGAAGCAAGAGGAGGAGGAUGUCGGACUGACAAAACUGUUUUCGGGGUCUGCUCUCUGUGCCGUUUGCUUUCCAGCUGCGUUCAGUUCGUUUACAAUUGUUUCUUGAGAGGAUACUCUCUUUAUGUACCUCUGUUUACCGGGUUUCGUUUACGCUCGUCUAACGACCUUUUCAGCUCCUCUCGGUGUCAUCAUCAGUCGGUCGGUGUUUACACUGACAGUGAAACUAACGGCUCAGUCAUACAGUAGCUUCGUGCUAUUAUUAUUAUUGUUGUUGUUUUAAACUGGAAACACUUCCCGGAAAAGCGAACUAUUUUCAACGUUUCACGUGUUUGUUUUCCAGGCUCGUUGUUUUGUUUUGGUACAGGACACAUUUGACUGUACACGGUUGAACUUAUGUGAUGACUACGGGCUACAUGCUAGCCGUAACUUUACCAAUGAGUGCUUCAAACAAGAAGUGAAAGCCUCUACAAUGUGUACAAGACAACAAACAAGUGGAUUUUUUUGCUGACCUGUCAGCUGAGGCUUUAAAAAUGCUUUUCAACGGCAUAAUUGAGCUGUGUAUGAUCCCAUAAUCCUCAAUGCCUUUGUUGGCAUGUAAUGGAAGAAAAAGCACCCAUCAAGUCUGCCAUGGUAUCCAGACUGCCUAAAUUUGGUGGACGGUCUUCGACUGGCGGCACCGGCCCCCUGACCAAUGGUUCCACACAACCAACCACAGCUGCCCAGGAUGGGAAGAGCACUCCCCCAGGAACAGCCCCAAAUGGUGUUAUCCGUGGCUCCUCUUUUUCCCUGAAAUGGAAGAGAGAUGAGGGGAUGGCCUCCUCGAGCCCCGCCACUCUCACCAGCUCUGUAGAUGGAAGUGAAGAAAAGGCUCUGACACAGUUUCCUUCAUUGGCAAAGGAAAUAAAGAAUGGCUCUCCAGCGACACCUAAGAUGCGCAGAUCAGGUGCUUUGAUGGUAGCCGUCUCCAGUCCUAAGGCUAUUCCUAAGCAAUCCUCAAAGAUGAGUCCCAAAGUAGUGACAAAGUUAAGCCAAAGCCCACUUAAUGGCAGUUCCAAAAUGGGCUACAAUGGCUCCAGCAUUCCUGCUCGGACAGGGUCAGAGUCCCGCCUUGCGAGACCAAGGUUAGGUUCUGGCUCACCCAGAAGCAGCUCUCAAGACAGUCUUUCUCAGUCCAGUGAGAGUCUGAAGGUCAUGGCGCUGGACAACAUGGUUCGCUCGAACAGUUUCACUCACUUCAAGCAGAUUCCUUCCCCCAGCAAUGAGCCAAUGACUAGAUCUUUUUCCUUUAAUCGGGCUGUGGAGCUAGCCAAACCUCUGGCCAACACUCAGCUCCGACCUCCGCGGAGUAGUUUUCUCAAACCCCCUCAGCUGAGCAAUGGAAGAGUAGGGUUAGGGCUGAACUGUGGCCUUGGAAGUUCAGGUAGUAUAGGUGGGGGACUUGGAGGACUUCAGAACAGCAGAACUCCUCCAGUUUCCUCUUCUCUGCCAACGCCCUUGAUCCCUCCAGCACCUGCUACUCCUCGGAUUCUGAAGAAACCACUGCUCCCGAGCUGUGUGCUGGCCAAGUCAUCGGCCAGCAGUGGGGGGUCUUUGGGCUACAGGUUGGCUCGAUCUGGACAAUCCAAGCACCACAGCCCUCUUUUUCCAGGUAGGGCCAAGGAGGAUAUGAGAUCUCCAUCCUCCUCUGAAUGUGGAGGGCUAUUAAAAAUAGCAAUACAGGCUGAGCCGACUGGUGAGGAUGAAAAAGCAGAUUCUCCAAGUGACUGUGAUGGAGGCUGUGGAAAUGGAGAAGGAAAAGGAGUAGGAAGUAGUUUACUUCAACAGAUCUCUGUCCAGGCAGCAACUGAGACCCUGGAAGACAUGUCCUUAUCUUCUGCGUCAUCACUAGACAUAGUUGACACCAGUGAAGAGUUUUUAGACGACUUUGACAGUGUGGGAGAUGUACACAGUGAUGGCGACCUGCCUGACAAUCGAAAAACUGGCAGUACCACUGAAACCUCCCAACACACCUUUCACAAUGAAACCAUUGACUGGGACUCUGUGGAUCUGUCGGCAGAACAUAAAGAAGAAAGCCCUAUGCAGGACUCCCAGGGGUCACUGUUGUUGUCUCCAGAGCGAUGCAAUGUCCGCCAGGUCUCGUCUGUGGAGCUUUCGCCCUCCAACAGCUCUGGUGGAACCUACAUGUGGGAUGAAGAGGGCCUCGAGCCUCUUGGGGGUCCUGGGACACAUCCAUUAGACAGCUAUGACGACUCAGAGCUCAACAGCAUGGAUAUCCUAAACAACCUGGACCCUCCGGGAACAGGGGAGCUGGACGAUGAUGACCUCAUGCUGGAUGUGGACCUUCCUGAGGAUGGCUCGCAUGACAUUGAAAGGAUGUCCCAUAUCGAGCGCCCAGAGCGGGCCGGUCGUCAGGGGCAACGCCGCAAGCACCACCGCUGGAGUGGACCAGAUCACUUCCACAAUGAUAACCGGGCCCGCGCCUUUCAACAUUAUGACGGUCUCAAAGCUUCGAGAAUGUCUUCGCGAUCUGUUCCGUCGGAAAGCAGGCAGCAUGGCUGUGUGCCGAUGUUGGAUGAGCUCACGCUCGAACACAUGACUCAGGAUUGCAGCCUCCUCAAGAACCAGCUGCUCAGGCUCAAAACCUUACUACAGCUUGAGGAUACAGACUCUCCAGCAGAUGUUCCUGAGGAGACUGAAGACAAUACCACAGCAUCGCAGCUGGAGGCGCUGAUUAAAGAAGUACAUGUGCUCAGAGAGGAGCUGAGGAGUCGGGACAAGACCAUUGCUCAGCUCACGACGCAGUGUCAACAGCUACAACAACAGCAUCAGCGCGAACAAAUGCCUGCUCAAGGCCGGCAGGUCAGGUGUCACUGCCACCAGCAGAGGGCUCCCUCUUCACUACGACAGAGCGACCGGCAGAUGGACAAACGGACGCAGCACAACUAUGACAAGGCCACCCAGACGUACUGGAGGCCACUGAGCCACGCCCCUCAAAUACUACAGCCUUUCAACCCUUGUCUCAACGAGCACCUCAGCCGGGCAAAGCCAGUAAAAACUCCCCCCACCGCGGGCCACAGUGACUCCACAGCGACCGCAUUAGAGGAAGCACACCAUAUAGAUGCUGACGGUCGUUUUGAAGCUCCUAUGGCAGACGUGUGUGGGCCAGCAGGCCCUGACAAGUUGAGUCAUCUCCCCGCCACCAACAUGCACCGCCUGGGUUCCUGGGCUCCACAGGGGAUAACUGCCAGAGACAGUCCAGUAUCAGCAGCUCAGCCUGCAACGCAGCAUGAGAGGAGAACCCCCGCUGUGACACUGCAGAACUCCGUCACUCCCAGAUCUGCUGCUUCAACUUGUCCUCGCAUGCUGCAGCGUCCCCGCCUGCACAAGCGCGUCUCUCUCCCUUCACUCAAGCCAGGGGGCACUGGUGGCUUUGCCUCUCCGAAGGCUGGCUGUCCGGCAGGGCCCGACCCGGCUGACCAGACCAAGCAGCUGCCGCCUCCAUCUAGAGGCCUUCCCUGUUUUAACGCCGGACCUCAGGUGCGGGCUCCGGGCCCGUGUCGUACUCCGCCUCUUCAGCCUCACAGAACAUCACAGCCCGGCAGGGAUGCGGAGUGCAGCAGCUCCGGCCCGGAGGAGUUCAGCCGGGGCGCGCUCAAAGACCCCGGGUCAGCUAAGAUCCCCAGACCUUUGAGUCGAUCGUGCCCUCCCAAGCCAAAGAUCCCCUGAGGAGCUUAAAUCUGCACUUUGACACUGACUUUUAUCCCCUUUUCCUCCUAGCCAUAAUAACAGUGUGACUGUUUUACUUUAUGAGUGUCAAAGGGACAGACACCGAGCUCAUUAACCCGCAUGAACCGUUCAGAAACUACCUGUGUCGGUGACAUUGAUAUCAUGACUGCUGUACGGUAUUUUCACCAAGCUUCCACAGCUCCACCACGAUUGAUUAAAAUGUGGUAUGUAGCAGGAUCUUACCUUCACAGCGACGCACGGUGAUUCACUGUGAGACAGUGUUCAGAUGGAGGCGAAUUUUAUGGGAGAAGAGUUGUUGAGUUUAUAAGCUUUGCACAUGUACAUGGAAGCUACAGAUGGAAGAAAAGAGUGUUGCCAUUCAGACUAGUCAGGUUAUUUAUUUUUUUUUUGUAAUACCCGCUGACUAAAGUCCACUUGUCGUCACACAGCCGUGUCCUUUGACACACAGGUGCAUAUUAUUAUUUUUUUUUUAAAAUAGCUACAGGUUAUAUGUUUGUGACCUUUGCUGUGUAAUAGAUGGCCCCUGGUGAAAAUAGAGGAAAAAAAUAAUAAGUGCGAAAGAAAGGAAGAAAAGUGAAAGUGAAAAAUGGGCUGGGGACUGAAAAGCAAAUCUGUCAAAGUCACUUCCAGAAUGAGAGUUUGUGUUUGUGUGUGUAUGAACGUAGGAGGCGUUGAGUUGACAGGCAGAGAAGAAAAUAGCUCCACAUCGUAAGUUCCUACGCCCUGCGUUACAUCCAGAGUGAACCUUCGGACCCUGUGCAUGUUAACACACGAGGUUGCAGAUCUUCUGUGGAAAUGCACUGAUGAAGGAAAUAUGGGCGAAUUAGCGAAGUGUGAAGGCAAAGAGAAGAGCGGUAAAGCUCCCAGAAAGUCAGGUGUGUUCAGGUUCAAAGGAAAAUCACAUCUGUAUGCAAAUAUAGAACAUACGUUGUUAUGAUUGUAAAAUUGUGAACCGUAAGAACAUUAAAGCUACUUGCUACAUCACAAAUAAAUUAACUAAAAACAAGCUGGAAGGUGGAAGAAAAAAUGAGUGAUCUACCUCAUUUAAGGCUGUAAUUUGAUGAAAAGUAGAAAAUCUAGUAAGUCGGGCUCAGGUUCAGAAAAGCGACGCUUGAUAUAAGAAAGAGUAAUUUGGGAGUCAAUUAAAUAAUUUGUGCAGACAGAAAUGUUCACAAUGCACACUGACUUCCUUGAACUGACUUCUCACUUAAUUGCCCACACAUGAAAACAUUAGCUAACAGGAAUUCAUUAGACAUGCAGAGCUGCUGCCUGGUGUAAAUGUGCGUGUUGUCGUUUUUUUUUUUUUUUUCUCCCCCCCGGCUCUCCUCCUCCUCCUCCUCUCUCGCACAUCUCUUUGGGAACAUCAAAGGUAUUACCGUGGUAUUUUCAGGUAGGGAGCCUUCGGGGCUUUAGUGGCGUUUCAGUGGGAGUUUUGGAGAAUUGUGUUUAUCGCUCCUUUUGCAGUCAAACGCUCCUGAAAUGUCCCCGAACGAAGAGCAGCAGUGUGUUAAAAAGGCCUUCUGACAGCGACUCUGCUCUCUUCUCUGUCACACCGCGUGACCGCAUGGUGUACGCCUCUGGCAGUGUCCGGUCUACUGCGUCCAAUAAUGCACCCCGCGCAGACAACGUGAGACAGAGGAGAGAUGCACAUGCAUACGCAUCCGGACACACAAGUCGUACGGGCGCACAUGUACGUGAACUCUGACAAAACUCAGAGAGACACAAAACUCAGAGGGGACGCUCACACGAGUUCGCACUUCCCAGCAGUCGCACCAGGACACCGUCGCACACACGCGCGCUUUGAAUACUAUAUGAUAAUGCGUUAUUUUGUGAGCUCUCCGAUGUACACGCUGAAACAUCUGUCUCCUGGAUCCAGAUGGGGAAAAAAAAGAUGUCCGUCUCUAGAUUACCCUUGAAAUUGUUAGAGGCUUGUGUGUGUGUGUGCGAGGGAGAAUCGAUGUGGCUGAUAAAACAUGUUUACCUGUUGGAUGGCUCAACAUUGCGCCGAACCAGCCAAGCAGUCAACACGGCCCCGCGAAGCCAAGGAAAACCCAUUUCUUUUAAUGAAAAUGGAAGCCGAGACAGGAAGAUACAUACGGAGCAUGAGAAAGAAAUACCGCCGGAGACAAUAAAAUGAAGCAGUGGGAAUGGGCAGUGAUGAAGUGGCGAGGGCGCUAAUGAUCAAGAUAAGCUCUUCCCGUCAGACUGUUUGCGUGUGCCUGUAAAAAUGUUGUGAAGGUGUUUGUAUAAGAUAGGCGACGGAAACAGAACGCAUUGAGCUGCUCUGCGGUCCAGAGAAUAGCCAGAUCCUUUCAGCUGUGUCACUCACUGCUAAGUAAUGCCAAACAGGAAAUCAAUGUUGCCCGCUGUGUGUGUGUGGUUGUGUGUGUGUGUAUGUAUAUGUGCAUCUCCAGGCACCUCUGGCUGCCAGUGUUUUCCUCUUGGAAAAGAGAGAAAGAGGCAUGUGUCUGCCCGGGCCAAAGGCAAAGCCAUGCCAAGGAAAGCAGGGCAAUGCCAUCGUUCUCUCCCUAUGCUGUAUUCCCUAUCUCCAAAUCAAUGUCCCCGCUCAGUUUAGCAGUCAAGCCAAUCAGUCUUGCUGGCUAUGCUAUAACUAAACCCCAACUGGGAAGAAAACCGUCUGCCGCAGCUCGGAUCAAUUCUAAUGCGGGAUCUUGAAAACUCACAAAUUAUUAAGUUGCAUGGCACAAGAGGAACGUCCACAAUGUCACCACGAAUGACACGGGAAUGGACCUUUUUGGCACAUUAUCUAUAUAAAUGCUUUCUUGCGACACCAUGGACAUGCACUUCCACUGAGGGACAUUACUUGACUUGUAAACAAACAACAACAACAAAAAAAACACUGACAUUUAGAGAGCGAAUGCAUUUAAAGUAGAGCAAAUGCAGAAAAAAAGAAGAAGCAUAUUUGCAGUUUCAAACUUUUGGUUCUUUGGCUCAUUUCCCAAAACACAGGGAAAAGUAAUAAAAAAAAUACUUUCUUAUGGUUUUAGUCUUGCACUAAAUUCCCUUCAUGGCGGUUAUAAUCUUCAGUUUAUGUCGAAACAGAAAACAAGAAAGAUAAUAAUUCAAAUGCAUGAUUAUUCUGGAGGAAGCCAUUUGUGUUGCCGUAGAACUGUAUUAAAAACAAAUGUGCUUCUUUAUUGAACAUUUAUGCUCAUUUUUACAUGUUGGUUUCCAUUUUUGUUUCAGCUGUAUGGCUUUGGUUCAAACAUAUGUCUCAUAACAAAUGUUUUGCUUCCCCAUGCAGCUGCUUUAAGAAAACACUGUCAAACCCUGCCCAAGAGAGACAAAUAUAGCCAGUGGCAGGCUUUUAACUGUAAGAAGUAUUUAGCACCUAAGCGACAAAAUAAAGCUGAUUUCAGCUAAAGCUAAUGCUGCUACAUAAGUAUCUGCUGCUGCUAAAUUCAGUAAACUACUGUUGACGAAUAUUUAAGCGUCAACUCCUUAAAGGACCAAUGUCUGGGGUUUUGGGACAUCUAGUGGUGAGUUUGCAUAUUGCAGCAAACCGAAUACCCCUAACUUGGUCUGCUUUUUACAAACAUUUCAGAAAUUUGAAAUACGGUGAUCGCCAUUGUCUUCUGUGCCAGAGUUUCAGUUUGUCCGUUCUGGACUACUCUAUAAACUCAGUCCUCAUGUAGAAAUAAAGAGAUGAUUCAUAAUCGGUUACAGGUGAUUUAACACCACUGUUGUAACAAACCACUGUUCCAACCACAAAAACACUGUCGUCAGGUUUUCUGGCAACACCUACUGGUCCUGGUGGUCGUUUAAAAGUAAAAACAAGAGCGUAAAACCACAAAUAUGCCUCUGAUUAUUUCUGGAGUAACUCUACUGUUAUACUUGUGUUUUUUUGUUGCCUGAGCAGCAACGGACAUGUUGCACUCUACUUACUGAGCAUUUACUGAUUUACCACUCAAGUGUUACUACUUGUCAUAUUUGUCACGGCUUAGAGUUUACAGUGUCAGCACAUAAAGUACUAUAGUGUAACUGUUCAUAGGCUUUCCAUAAUAUGCAAGGUCACUGUAUUUAUCUCGGCAUAAUCUACGAUGUCUCGUAGCGGUUAAACACCGUCUCCAGUAUCUGUGCAAUACCGUCUGAAGCAACCACACGAGGGAAAGCUGCACCAUAUCUUUAGUGACCUUUUUAUGCAAGUGGGAGUGGGGAAGCAAAUAAAGCUUUUCUUUUCUAAUCUGAAGCACUUUAAAUGACAUAAAUUGUUGAUGCUGUACGAAUAUUUAACUGGUUUUUGAAAGCUAAUUUUGAUUUCUUUUGUUCUUUCAUCUCCCUCGUUUGUCUCUGCAAAAAUGAUGUUUUUCUCUGAAGCUUUGUGAGAGAGCAAUAAAGGUUGGCACAACAAUA